ACAAUUGGCACGCUCCCUCAAAUUACGGAGACUCGUCGAUCAUUGACCUUUCCUGCUUAGUCGCCGGCUUGUCAGCAACUCGCGCGAUUUCUCUCCCUUCCCUCGAGAACCUUUUUUUUUCCCUUUCUCCAACGAUCCCCUAAUCCUCUCCGCCGUCCUGCCACCGUUUAACACACCCCUCCCACGCUCCCUUUUUCCAAAAAAUAAACAAAAAGCAUAAAGUAAAACCAGACAAGCCGCACCCUCAAGCUCUGCUGCCCGGCGACCUCGACCUCUAGUGCUGUUCGGGGAGGUUAUCUGACGCGGAGAUGCCUCCACCGCCAGGUAUUCCCCCGGAAUUAAUUCCUGGUGGCGCACGAAAUGGGGGACUACAGGCAAACACGAACACAGGAGUGUAUGGUGAUGCGUACCAGACCCACUCGCCCACGGACAUCCCAGACCCUACCACAGGCGCCCCCUGGGCAAAUUCCUCUGCUCCAAACCCGGAACAGACCGACAACCGUCUAGGCAGGCCUCAAGAGCCCGGACAAGGUCAGAGAGAAAGAUCUACUCCACGUGAUCGAUCCCGCCAGAAUGGCCCCGCCGGUGGUAAAUCGCCAGGGAAUACUUCAAGAAUCUGUCGCAAGUGCGGAGAGCCCCUCCUGGGACAGUUUGUUCGUGCUCUGGGAGGCACGUAUCACUUAGAGUGCUUUCAGUGUAAUGAUUGCGGAGAUGUUGUCGCGUCCAAGUUCUUUCCUGUUGAUGCUGAGGAUGGAAAUGGACAAUACCCUUUGUGUGAAACAGAUUAUUUUCGGCGUUUGAACCUGAUAUGCUAUGAAUGUGGUGGUGCACUCCGUGGAUCUUAUAUCACUGCACUGGAUCGAAAGUACCACAUUGAACAUUUCACAUGUUCUGUUUGUCCAGCCAUCUUUGGAGCACAAGACAGCUACUAUGAGCAUGACGCCAAGGUGUACUGCCAUUAUCACUACUCCACCUGUUUCGCACAGAGAUGCAAUGGCUGCCAGACCGCGAUCCUCAAGCAGUUUGUUGAGAUAUUCCGCAAUGGUCAGAACCAGCAUUGGCAUCCAGAAUGUUACAUGAUCCACAAGUUCUGGAAUGUCCGCUUGGCACCAAACGGGCAGGAGUAUGAGCCUCCGGAACUCGAUGUCGAUGCUCCCCAGGAAGAACGUGACCGGAUCCGAAAGAAAGAAGACGAGAUGGAGGAGAAAGUGUACCGCAUCUGGAGUGUCCUGUCGACCUUCGAGGAGUCGUCGGCGCAGUGCAUAUCUGACAUGUUGCUGCAUGUUAGCAACGGCGCUUAUGCUGAUGGAGUUGUCGUGGCGAAGAAAUUCAUUUUUCAUGUGGAGGUAUUGUUCAAGGGCACCGACAGACUUGCGGCUGUCAUAUCAUCCAAAGGCAUGAAAGACCUGUCGUAUGCUCGAGAGGCUAAACUCCUUUGCAAGAAGAUAGUUGCAUUCUUUGCGCUCCUGUCGAAGACUCAGGAAACCGGAGUUCGUAAACUUGGAGUAACCCAAGAGUUGCUCGCCCUCGUUACUGGAUUGGCCCAUUAUCUUAAACUUUUGAUCCGCAUUGGAUUGCAGGGUGCUCUUAAGGUUGAAAGAGAGACCCAAAGUGCAGAUGAGCUAUUCAAGUUCCUCCAGAAAGCUGAAGAUUUAGACGGCCUUAAUCGGAUUUCGGCUAGUGGGCUGACGAGCAACGUUGAGCGACUCGCAAAUCAACAAUCGGACUGCUGUGCUGCUUGCAAGGAUCCUAUCGAUGAUGAGUGUAUUUCACUUGGAGAAAGGCUUUGGCAUAAGAAGCCACCUCAUCUCGUUUGUGGUGCUUGCCAGGAUGAUCUCACCAUGGAUCUCUCGAGAGCUCGCUGGAGCGAAAAGAACGAUCGGCCAUACUGCCGUGCGUGUGCUGAGCAAAGAGGCCAUGAUUCCCAAGCCAUUGGCGGAUUUGUCUAUGUCACAAGGCUGCAGCAAUAUGUUUUCCUCUUGGAAGUGGCUCUCGCAAGACUCUUGGCUGUGCUUCGAUCGGGAGGCACGCUGCCACAUACAUCAGAUGAUCCGAACUUGAACCAAUAUGAAGCGAACGAUGGACACAGAGUCUCCGCCACAGGCGAAUUGCAAUCUCCUCCCCAGAGGGCCAACACCAGGUCGAAUUCCUAUGCGGAAGCGUCCAAAGACACUGCGCCUUCUUCGCUAGAACAGACCGUGGGGGAAAUGCGAAGACUCCGAUCCACUCGGAAUGAGCGAGCAGUAUCUACUACAUUCAAGAAAGCCCGAACUUCUCGAAUUAUCGAUGGUCCUAAGGGAAGCAGCGCCAGACCAGGCUCUUCUGGAGUCGAGGGUGACUCGCGGCAGUAUGGGUUCCAGAUUGUCGAGGAAAGAGGUGCUGACGGUGAACCAAUAACGGAUUUGACUUUUGGCAAUCAAGACGCAUUGACCCUUGAUGAUAUUUCACGCAUUGUCGCCGCUGAGCAGGCUAAAGAGCACCGUCCCAACGCUUUCAAACAUGCCCGUACAGGGCUUGUGGCCUCUGCAGAACCGACCCCAAAGAUUAAGCAAGGCCAUCAACGCGAAUUAUCAAAUGCCGAGGAUAGACAGGGACAGCAGCCUCCGAAACAUACGAAAUAUUUCUCUGAGUUGUCAGCCCUUGAAUACUUCAUUGUUCGCCAUGUAGCUGUCUUGUCAAUGCAACCACUCGUCGAGGGACAUUUUAAUCUCGAGGAGUUGCUCGAGUUAAUCGAAACACGAAAACCAACCAUUUGGAAUAUCUUUGGAAAAGCGUUUAAAAACGAUAGCCGCAAAGGUGGAAAGAAGAAGGGCGUUUUUGGUGUUAACCUGGAGCAGCUGGUUGAUAGGGAUGGUACGGAGUCGACUCACGGCGUUGGUCCUGGCAAUCUUCGCAUCCCAACGUUUGUUGACGAUGCCAUCUCUGCCAUGAGACAAAUGGAUAUGUCUGUUGAAGGUGUCUUCCGGAAAAACGGCAAUAUCAGGCGAUUGAAGGAUACUGCUGAGUUGAUCGACACGAAAUAUGAAACUGCAGAUUUGAAUAAAGAAAGCCCCGUCCAAGUGGCCGCUCUUCUCAAAAAGUUUUUGAGAGAAAUGCCGGAUCCUCUCCUUACAUUCAAGCUGCACAAAUUGUUUAUCGUUUCCCAGAAGAUACCCGACCUCGACACGCGUCGACGUGUCUUGCAUCUUACAUGUUGCUUGUUGCCAAAGUCCCACCGCGAUACUAUGGAAGUUCUGUUUUCUUUCCUCGGAUGGACCGCGUCAUUCUCACAUAUAGACGAGGAGUCUGGAAGUAAAAUGGAUAUUCACAAUCUUGCGACUGUGAUGACUCCGAAUAUUCUCUAUUCGAAUACCAAAGCAGCGGGUGUUGAUGACAGUUUCCUGGCCAUCGAGGCUGUCACAUCAUUGCUUGAAUUUAACGAUUCAAUGUGUGAAGUGCCACAUGAUCUCCAAUCCAUCCUUAACGACUCAUCACUUUUUAAUCGUGAAGCUGAGAUCACAACAAAAGAAAUUCUCAAGCGCUGGGGAGAAAUUGCCAAGUUCCCUGUUCCACAGCGCACCCCAACUGGAUUAGACUCACUUCCUGCCCGCUCCGGAUCUAACCGCGGUAGUAAUACACCUGUUGCAACUAGGAUUGAUGGUGAUCCAUCUCAAGCUACUGCCUGGCAGAUGCAAAGCUCCGUUCGACACGUCCAGCCUCAACAAGCGCAUGACGGCUCUGAACUCCGUCCACAUGCUCAACCUAUUCGCAGUGAUAGUGGUGAUAGCUAUCAUAGCCAAGGAUAUUCGCACCAGCAGCAAAUCCCCUAUAGAUCCCAGCAGCCUAUUGGACAGCCAGGUAUCUAGAGUCAAUUGCUCGCGCUUCCAAUAUCCCAUUUCUUUUCCCUGUUUAUUCGGCGUCCGAGGCUUGAAACAUUUGCCUUUACCUUCCCUUGUUCUCUGGUUGUGGAUGGUGCUGUCUUUGAUUAUCUGUCUUUGGCCAGUUGGUUCAAUCCUAGUUCCUUUUCAGCAUGCAUUCACAAAACGCAGCGCUGAGGACUCGAUGAAAUAAUCAAAUAGCCAUGCCAUUUUUCCCUUUGAUGCAUGAAGCACAUACUAGUUUUCUUCAGGGCUUGAUGUCUGGUUGUUUUCUGUCACUGCACUUGGUUUUCCUUCUACGUUAUCUUCUUAUCCGCACCUUACAUGUGUGUGGUCUUUCCCUUUAGUGUUGCAACCCCGUCUCAUUCUGCUAACCCUUAGCAUACUUAUUUUCCUCUCCUCCCCUUUCCUCUCGUCCUUUUCUUUUGUAUGAGUCUUAAUGAUACCACUUAGACCUCUGAAGUUGUCCUCCAUGCAGGGCUUCUGGGUUUAACUUUCAAUUCUCCUUGAUUCCCCAUGAUUUCAUGACAUGAAACACUUCCUUUUGUCUUUCAAUACCUGCCCAAAAAAAAAAAGCCCCUAAUCAAGUCUAUUCACCUGCCCAAAUGGAUUGUUUUCAGUGUCUCUUCAGUCAGGUCAUAUCUGGGUUCUAUUCAUAUUCCCUCUUUGUUAAUCUUCAUGCAAGCGGGGUAUUUCACAUAUGUUCUGAGUAAGCUAAUGAGCUGGUUUUUCAUUGCCUUUUUUUUUUCCUUCUAUUUGAAUUCUUCUUCGAUGUGAGGCCUUGAUGCUGUCAUGCGAUUGAAUUCUUCAGUUAAUUGCGAUAGCGCCUUUCACACCAUACCCUUUUUGUUUCGCACUGCAUCAAGCUAAUUCGCUGUCUGAAACCUUUUUCCUUCCUCCCCCCAAGAAAAUACCUAUUAACAUUCUGCAUACUUGUUGGAGUCUAUUUUUUCAACACUGCUUUUUUCAGUAUUGCAAUGGGUUUACUACAUUAAGGAUAGGCAAUUGAAUGCAGAUGCAAUAAUUUGUGUCA